AUGAAUUUAAUCUUAAACGGAAAUUGGUUAGUUAAAUUUGGUGCAGGAUGGAGUGGACAUUGUAAAAAAUUACAACCUGUACUUGAAAAUCUAGCUCAACAUUACAACAGUGAUAAUGAGAAUUCAAAAGUUAAAGUGGCGCAAGUUCAUUGUGAAGAGUAUGAAUCAAUUUGUAUAAAAUAUAAUAUUAUAGGUUAUCCAUCUUUAGUUUUUUUUGAUGAAGGCGAAAUCAAACAUUAUAGAGGCCCAAGACUAUUUGAAAAUUUUAAAGAGGCUAUUGAUAAACAUUUAAAUAAAGAAUUUGUUGCUUUUUCCCAAAACCAACCUUCCAAAAUAAUCGUUAUUACAAAUGAAAAUUUAGAUUUACUCUUAACCGGAAAUUGGUUAGUUAAAUUUGGUGCAGCAUGGAGUUUACAUUGUAAAAAAUUACAACCUGUACUUGAAAAUCUAGCUCAACAUUACAACAGUGACAAUGAGAAUUCAAAAGUUAAAGUGGCGCAAGUUCAUUGUGAAGAGGAUAACUCAAUUUGUAAAAAAUAUAAUAUUACAGGUUAUCCAUCUUUAGUUUUUUUUAAUGAAGGCCAAAUCAAACAUUAUACAGGCCCAAGACAAUUUGAAAAUUUUAAAGAGGCUAUUGAUAAACAUUUUAAAUAUGGUGUAAAAUGGAGUGGACAUUGUAAAAAAUUUCAACCUGUACUUGAAAAUCUAGCUCAACAUUACAACAGCGACAUUGAAAAUUCAAAAAUUAAAGUGGCGCAAGUUCAUUGUGAAGGGGAUGACUCAAUUUGUAAAAAAUAUAAUAUUACAGGUUAUCCAUCUUUAGUUUUUUUUGAUGAAGGAGAAACCAAACCUUAUAGAGGUCUAAGAGAAUUUGAUAAAAUUAAAGAAGCUACUGAUAAACAUUUUAAAUAA